CCGUACUUUCUGCUAUGACGUCGUUUUCCCGCGACGUGUCACAUGUUCACAACACCGCAGCAGCAACAUGUCGCUCAGCGGGUUCUGACGGUUCCGACCAGUUUCAGGUGUUUCUGUUCCUCCUUCGUCCCUAAAGGACAGCUGCUCUCCUCCUCCUCCUCCUCCUCCUCCUCCUCCUCGUCAGCCAUGAGCGACAGCGACGACGAUGGCGUUCCCGCCCUGUCGGCUCACACGCUUGCCGCCCUGCAGGAGUUCUACAGUGAGACCAGGAGGACCGGUCCGGACCACGGCGCCGCUCCGUCGGACCAGUUCGCCGUCGGGGCGAUUGAGGAGGACUGGGGGAUAAGUCAGUUCUGGUACAGUGAUGAAACAGCGACCCAGUUGGCCGAGGAGGUCGUUCGUGAAGCAGGAGAGGGAGGAAGGAUAGCGUGUGUGAGCGCGCCCAGCGUGUACCAGAAGCUGAAGCAGGGCGCCUUGGACGGCUCGCACCGGCUGUCGGCCGUCGUCGUGCUGGAGUACGACCGCCGCUUCGCCGCCUACGGGGACGACUUCGUCUUCUACGACUACAACGAGCCGCUGUCCCUCGCGGCCGGCGCCGCCCCCCGGAGCUUCGACGUGGUGCUCGCCGACCCCCCCUACCUGUCGGAGGAGUGUCUGAGCAAAGUGGCGCAGACCGUCAAGUACCUGAGCAAGGGCAAAGUGCUGCUGUGCACAGGAGCCAUCAUGGAGAAACUCGCCAAAGAGCUCCUGGACGUGACCAUGUGCAGCUUCCUGCCCGAACACAACAGAAACUUGUCCAACGAGUUCCGCUGCUUCGUCAACUAUCCGUCUCGCCUGCUGACCUCCGCCCGAUCAACGGUUUGACUGAAGAAUUCCAUCUUCUCCCGGUCCCGUCAGUCAAAGAGCUGCAGGUUCAGUUUGAUGCUCUUGUGUCAAAGUGGAUUCAAUUAAGUUUCUUCCUGUAAUUAACCCCUCUGUCAUCCAAAUAUUCAAUAUGCUCUAUAGUUUUACUGUAGCUGCAGGUGCAAUCAUUACAUGUAUAUAUGUUUCUUAGUGCCGGUGGAAGGGAUGUGGAUCCAGGUGUAGAGGAACUCAUCCGGAGCUCCACCGCCCCUGCUCCCUCCUCUCACACCUUCUUGCCCGCAGACUCGAGCAGCUGUCCGGCCUCGGCCUCGCUCCUCUCCGGGCUCCGCUUGUUGCCGCCGUGUCCGUCGACGACGCGCCCCUUCUCCCACGGCCGCGGCACGCACGUGCAUCCCACCGCCACGGACACGUAGAUCUCGGUGUAAGAGUGGCGGCCGCCGACGCAGGAGCCGGUUCUCCGCAGGACGACGGCGGGAGCGUAGACCGGAGCGCUGCGGUACAGCUCGCUGUCCUCGCCGCGGUGCGCGCCCAGCAGGCAGCCGCUGCACAGGCAGUAGGCCUCCGGGAUGUGGCGGGGGAACCUGGUGGGGUCGUACAGCAUCCUGCGAGGAGCAAUUCAACACGUGCUUUUUAAAAGAAAAACGAUGCAGGCGCUGAUUGGUGCCUUCAACCAAAGUUAUGUCUGCAAACUAUCGGCGGCUGAGGCCGAUAAUCGGAGCCAUAUUCAACGAUUGUCGGUAUCGGCCAUUUUUGCCGAUUAGACAAUUUAAUUUAAAAAUGUGCUACUUUGGCUCGGAUGCAGCCGCAGUCACUUCUCUCUGGACUUUAGCAAAACAUCCCAACUAUGUUUGUUUGUUUGUUCAACUUCAUAAGAAUGAUCCCUGCACCCUGUGUAUUAAAGGGGCAGUAUGCGAUUUCGGAGGAAA